AUGUCUUUACAGGUUGACCCGAUUAGCGAUAAAACGCAGAAACAUGUUCCGAAAUGGAAGAAGUUAUUAUCUCUUAAAAAUUCUAGUUCGGCAUUACCAAUAAAAUACUCUCAAAUUUCUACCUCUAAAAAUGAGGGGGGGACGACUCAUGAUACUGAUUCAGUUAAAAUAAUCGGAAAGAAGAGAAAGAAGGACAAGAAUAAAGAUGAAAAAUCGGAAGAAGUGGAAAAGAAAAAAAAGGACAAACACGAAAAGAAAAUACGAAAAGUUAAUGAGAAAGAAAAGACUAAAUUAAAUAGUAAUGAUGGUCACGAUGGAAAUGGAAAUUUGUCUAAACAACUUCCGAAAGUAAUGACUGAUGAUUCAACAUUGGUAUUGGCAAUCGAGCAAACAAAUUUGAAGGUACCAGAAGAAUUUACACAUGCUGCCAAAACAGGGUUAAAUUAUCUUUUAAUUUGGCGGUUUCUAAAAGAAAAAUGGAAAUUUCAAAAAGUACGUCAAAUUUGGCUACUCAAAAACGCUUAUAAUGAAGAUUUGUUUUCGGAUGAGUUUUUCAAGGUAUUCUUAGAAUACAUCGCGGAAUUGUCGGGAAAAUCGCGACAUACUACACUUAAAAUGGCUCAGGAUAUAGUCAAUAAGUUCGAAUCGGAAGCGGAUGGUACAAUUGGAGAGCAAGAGGGUGAUGAGAAAGUUGAUCAAAAGGAUGUAAAAAGGAACGAACAAAUCAAGUUAAAUAGAGCAAAAGCUGUAGUGAGAGUACUCUCGUAA